GCGUGGAGCAGAGGUGGGAGGCCGCAGACGGGGGAGGCCGCGUGGAAAGGGGAGGGAACAAGCGAGACAGCCGUGGCAGCGCGGUGGGAGGACCGUCCCACGCCAGGACUUCAGCCUGCACCGGAGGAGGCGUAUGCUGGGGGUCUGAGACGCGGCAGCGGCAGCAGCGGCGCGUCAGGGACCGAGCGAGAAGUUUGCGUUUUGCCCCAGAAAAGGGCGGAGGGCACCGGGUCCGGACCCGGGGAAGCGGAGCCCACGGAAGCGCGCCUCUGAUCCAGCGGAGAGCAAAUUCCAGCGGAGGAAAAAUGAGCCUCUCACUCAGCUCUGAGCCUGUGUGACGGACUGAGGGCUCUUUGAUUCGGGACUUUGCCCCACUCUGUCUCUCUCAGCAGCUCGGACGCACAAAGGAGAACCUGGGAGGAAGAAUCCGAGUGCGGGCUUUUAGUUUGAAAAGGGUUUUGAACAGUGUUCCGAGGUUUAAGGAUGGAGGAGGGAUAUGAACUGGACCUCACGUACGUCACGGAACGCAUCAUCUCCGUGUCCUUCCCCCGGGGUUGCUCAGAGGAGGUCUACUCGCACAACCUGAAGGACGUCACACGGAUGCUCAAAUCCAAGCAUGCGGACAAUUACCUGAUAAUCAACUUGUCAGAGAGAAGACAUGAGCUUACGAGAAUGAACCCCAAGACUCUAGAUACAGGUUGGCCGGAUCUGCACGCUCCACCUCUGGAUAAGAUCUGCACCAUCUGCAAGGCCAUGGAGAGCUGGCUCAACGCUGACCCGCUACACGUGGUGGUCAUACACUGCAAGGGCGGCAAGGGUCGAAUCGGCGUCGUCAUUUCCUCGUUCGUGCAUUUCACUGACGUGUCCGCCAGUGCUGAUCAGGCGUUGGACCGCUUCGCCAUGAGGAAAUACUACGAUGAUAAGGUCUCAGCGCUGAUGACACCCUCGCAGAAACGGUACGUCUGGAUCCUCAACAGCCUCCUGAGUGGAUCCAUGAAGAUCAACGCGUCCCCCGUGUUCCUGCACUGCAUCAUCGUUCACGGGAUACCGACCUUCGACGCCAACGGAGUGUGCCGGCCGUACAUCAAAGUUUACCAGGGCAUGCAGGCGGUGUAUUCAUCUGGCGUCUAUCAUAUUGGUCCAGGCCACAGAAACCGUGUCUGCAUCAGCCUGGAGCCUGCCCAGCUUCUAAAAGGGGACAUCAUGAUUAAAUGCUAUCACAAAAGUGACCCGAGUUCAGAGCGUGAGGUCAUCUUCCGCCUGCAGUUCCACACGGGAGCCGUGCAGGGCUACAACCUCAUGUUUGAAAAGGAGGACAUGGAGAUCGCCAACAAAGAUUCUAGAUUUCCAGAUUACGGUAAAGUGGAGUUGGUGUUCUCAGAGGGACCAGAGAAGAUCCCAGGUGCCGACAGGUGGCAAAAUGGAGCAGACGUGAUUGUGGACUACAACACAGCGGAUCCUCUGACACGCUGGGACUCCUACCAGAACCUCUGUGACGCCGAAGCGCCGCGCCCUCAAGGCCUAAGCCAGGACAAAGCGGCGAGCAAGAGGAGCCCCGGCGCCGCGGAGGCCACGCUGGGCCGAGGGGCCCGGACCACCACCUCCAGCCCCGACCACAGCGACCACGCGCUCUCUGUCAGCAGCGACUCCGGCCUGUCCAGCACGUCGCUGUGGGCGGACCGGCCCACGCCCACCGCCGCCACCGCCACCGCCACCGCCACCGCCGUUGGCAAGGCAACCCAGCAGGGCCCCAGCCAACAGGAGAAGGUCCAGCUGAAGCGCCUCCUGAGUGGCUUUGGACUCGAGGAGCCGUCGCUGGAGGAAAUGGAGGACCCAGGCCGCAGAGAGGGCAUCCAGCAGAUAGUCCCAGCUCAAGUGCACAUCAACGGGGACCCCCGUCCGAGAGAGAGGGAGACGGACAUCCUGGACGACGAGGUGAUCGCGAGUCACGAUCUGCACAGUGUCGACAGCCUGGGGACCUUGUCGUCGUCCUGCCACAAGAGCAGCCAGAACUCCCUGCUGUCCGACGGCUUCGGGAGUCCCGGAGGAGAGGAGCAGCAAGGCCAGCACCACCUUCACCAUCCGGCGUCCCCUCCCAUGGAGGAGUAUGACCGCGCCUUCUCCGACGCCAGAGGCAUGGGCCUGACCUCCAGGAGCAUCUCCGUGGCCUCCUCCGCUCCCAGCAGCGCCCCCAUUCCCAAGCACAACGUCUACAGACAGGGAAGCUAUUCCACGCAGUCCUGGGUCCGCCAUCAGCAGAUGGUGGCAGCUCAGCAGUUCGUCUACAUGCCGGAGGACGCGAGCGACGCAGAGGGGUACCCAGGGAACAAGCAGGUGGGCCGUUCGCCCAAAGCAGGGUUGCCCGCCGAGCUGCAGAGCUCGACAGCGGCGGACGCGGCGAAAGGCGCGGAGUCCCACGCGGAGCCGGCCGCGACGAACAGCGACAACAGCAACAGGAGGGACGAGGAGUUCAAGUCGCUAACGAAGGACAUCGACAACUCCAUCGACCAGCUCAACCAGCUGAUCAUGGACCUGGACCCCACGUUCGUGCCGGUGCCGGGCCGCAGCGGCUCCGUUAAGAAGAACGGCGGCGGCGGUGGCGCCGCCCGCGUCAACGGCUCCGGCGGCAAAUUCUCGAACGGCGUCGGCCUCCGGUUCGACGGUAAUAACACGGCGAGCCUGAAAAACACACAGCAGCCAGCCGUCCAGGCCGGCGAGGGGCGCGUGGGGGUCGCGCGGAGCCCGAGUCGACCGGGGUGCGAUGUCAUGGACGCCCCGGCCUUCUGCGGCUCAGCGUGGGGCGGGACGGAGGACUUCAGGGCCAAGCGGACGUACGGCCACUGCCUGCAGCGGCCUCAGCAUCCCACGUUAUACCGGAGCGACAGUGCCGAGUACAGGCCCCAGAGCUUGGACGGGGACGGUGGGCUCGAAGCCAGGAGUGACAUGACUCCACCCACUCCUGCCUUCCCCAUCUCUCCACCCACACCUUACGUGAAAAAUAUGGCGGAAGUGACUCAUCUCAUGCAGAUACCAUCUCCUAGCAUCCAGUCCUACGACGGCUACAGAAGCAACCAUGAACCCCAGGGAUAUUCCGAGAUGAUCAGUCAUGUUGGAGUUGGAAGCUUCCCAGACCCUUCCAUCAGCUGCCACAGGAUGCUAAGUGCCACACACUCGGCCUCGGCGGUUGGAAGUCUCCAGCGGGCUGACGGCUCCGUGAACCAGUGGCCGGAGCACCACAUCCUGAGCCGCAACUCCUCGCUGAGCAGCUACCCCUCGGCCAGACAUCCGCAGCAGCAUCCCGUGUCCCUGGACUACGGCCACCACUCGCCGCCUCUGCACCAUCCUCACAUCCACCCUGCCCCUAACGCCCACAGCUCCCCUCGAAGCAGCCAGCGGAGCCGCAUGGCCCGCUACGCCCUCAGCCGCAGCCCCGCUCGCAGCUUCGAGGAGCACGACGACUCUCAUUUCGGCUACGGCACAGACUGCCCGAGCUCCGCUCCGCCGGGAAACGGCGCCGCGGAGAAGGACCCUUUGACCCCCGUGGACGGGCAGAGUCAGGCCCAAAUGCAGCCGCCGCAGCUGCCCGAGAAGAAGCGGGCGUCGGACGGGGAUCUCUCGCUGGGGACGGCCUCCCCCGCCCUCAGCGGCUUCUCCAGCCCCCACAGCGGCAGCUCGCUCAGCAUUCCCUUCCCCAACGUCUUACCGGACCUGUCAGCUCAGACACCGGGCACAGCCUCCCCUCUGCCAGACGUACUGGCCACCAAGCAGGUCACUGUAAAAUUUGUACAGGACACGUCCAAAUUUUGGUACAAACCAGACAUCUCCAGGGAUCAAGCCAUCGCAGCCCUGAAGGACAAGGAGCCCGGCUGCUUCAUCGUGAGGGACAGCCACUCUUUCAGAGGGGCCUAUGGUCUGGCGAUGAAGGUGGCCACGCCCCCACCCUCCGUUCUCCAACAGCCCAAGAAAGGAGGCGACCUGGCCAACGAGCUGGUGCGCCACUUCCUGAUCGAGUGCACGCAUAAAGGGGUCCGCUUGAAGGGCUGCCCCAAUGAGCCCUAUUUUGGAAGCUUGACAGCACUGGUUUGCCAGCAUUCAAUCACUCCCUUGGCUCUGCCCUGUAAACUUAUUAUACCCGACAAAGAUCCUCUUGAAGAUGUUGUGGAGAAUACGUCACAGUCCGUCACCAACUCAGCUGCUGAGCUGCUAAAACAGGGCGCAGCCUGUAACGUGUGGUACCUGGGCUCCGUGGAGAUGGAGUCGCUGACAGGCAGCCAGGCGGUGCACAAGGCCACCACUAUGACCCUUAACGCCGACCCCCCGCCCACUUCCACCGUGGUCCACUUCAAAGUCUCGUCCCAGGGCAUCACCCUUACUGACAACCAGAGAAAGCUGUUCUUCAGGAGGCAUUAUAAUGUCAGUACAGUCAUAUAUUGUGCAUUGGACCCUCACGAUAGGAAGUGGAAAAAAGAUGGCUGCCCUUCAGCAAAGAUCUUCGGUUUCGUGGCGAGGAAGACCGGCACCGCCACCGACAACAUAUGCCACGUGUUCGCCGAGCACGACCCCGAGCAGCCGGCCAGCGCCAUCGUCAACUUUGUCUCCAAGGUGAUGAUCGGCUCCCAGAAGAGUAAGUAGGGACGCCUCCGCUGCCCUAGAAGGACUCUGAGUGAGAUUGGAUUGGAGGAAGGACAGUAUGGAUGAUGACCGCAUGGACGUCGACCCUGCUUCUUAACUGGACCUUGUGUAUAAAACAUUUACUGGCACCAGGACGUGUAGAAAUCCCCUGGUUUUUCGCUGGUUUUUGUAAAUUUGUCACUUAGGAAACACCAUAAGAAAUGUAUCCUUCUCCACAGUUUUAUACAGUUAUAUAUAUUUUAUCUCAACAUAUUUAAGUAACUACAACAAAGGCUGCUUUUCCUAUUCAUUUAUAGCGGAUCAUGAAAACUCACCUUGUGCUGCUCAUUGCAUUUCAGGCAGCAUCACCUUAGUCUGUCUAUGCAAUGUCAGUUUUAUUUUUUUUAAAUGUCACGUGACCUCUGAACCUGUUAAAUGUUUUUUGUUUCGUAAGAUAUUUGUGAAUAUGACCACUUAUAAAGCUGUUAGCAACAUUUCUGUGAAAGAGUGUGCAUAUAUGUGUCUGCGUGUGGUGAAAAGAGAGACGCCAUAGAAAGAGAUAUUUUAAUUAAACCCUUUAAUAUAUAUUGAAUUGAUUAGAGCUGGUUACGAUCACGUCAGUAGAGCUCCGUUCCACUGACGGCUGCCAAAUCCCACCUUGUUUUGUCUUUUUAUGGGGACACGUACCGUUUCUGCCGACAGCACCUCAGAACCAAACAGUAAAUUAUUGCAUGUCGUGUAUUAAGUUUGGAUGAAAAGCAAAUACAGGCCUAAAAAUGCCCCCCCUCCCUAUAGAAAAACUAACUAAUAUAGAGUUUCACAAACUCAUGUAGUCAUCAGUCAAUGACAUGCGCUGAACUCUGCUCUGGGAGGAGCUUGAGCCCUCGUGUACCAAACGAUGACCAACAAGAUCCUUCAUUUCAGCUUUUUGUGAACGUUUGUGAUUAGAAUUUUGUGCGUUUUUCCAGUACCACCACAAUAACUCAGUGAUGUUUUUACUUGCAUUUAUUAUUACGUUACCACUUUCGUGACCUAUUAUCUGUACCUCAUUCGUAUCCAACAUCGUGCCUCUGUUUAUAACAUGCUCCUCGUGAACAGUUUAUUUGUAUAUUGAGCUCUUGAGCGUUGUUCAAUGUUUUCUGUAAAUAAAAGGAAACAUUUUUGUAAUCUUGA